GAAACAGGUCGGACCUCACAAUGAGGAAACGAGUUAUCAGUGACAGCAGACAAACGGGGAGAUCGUAUUUUGAAGAAAUGAGGAGAUCUUAUGUACUUAUGGUUUUUAUGUUUUCCUACCUGUUGCUGGCUGAAAAAGGUGCCGGUUCCAUCCGUUGCGCAAAUGUUCUCACACAUUGCCAACAAAACGGGUCUAACAUCCCUCGGUGUGUUGAAAACGCGAUGAGAAACUGUGGAAAAAGUCUUCCACGGGGUUUUCAUAGCCCAGAUUUCUAUUUGAGAGCUGCAAACUCCUCCAGAGCAGCCAGAGUGGACACAGUGUAUGGACAUGUAAUCCAAGUUCCCUCCGAAGCUGUCCUGAAAAGCAAAAGUGAAAAUGACGUGUACUUAAUCGUAUCUGUUCUCAACAGCAGCCUUUUUGAGGCUCCUUCAGAUAAUGGAUCUCUUCAUGAGCAGGUCUUAGGAGUGUGGCUUGGUGAUCAAGAUGUCCACGACCUUUCUCAUCCUGUUAGGAUAAAGUUUGUAAACGUCAGCCAGAAUGAGAGCAGAAAAUGUGUCUUCUGGAAGAUGUCAAAGAAUAGUGAGCAAGGUAAGUGGAGCACAGACGGCUGUAACACCAGCCAGAACAACAAAGACUUUGUCUGUGAAUGCAAUCACCUCAGUUUCUUUGCAGUGCUUGUUAGUCCUGAUAUGCCAGAGAAGGUUGAUACGCAGCCUCUUGAGUAUAUCACAUAUGUUGGGUCAUCUCUUUCUGUGGUGUUCACAGUCAUCGCCCUCAUGCUGUUUCUAUGCCACAGGAAGAUAAAGGCAGAGCACUCUGUCAUCAUUCACAUGCAGCUGACAGGCUCGAUGUUCCUCCUGCACCUCUUCUUCUUGGCUAGUUCCUUUUGGUCAGAAGCUGAGGGGGCAGCUUGCCGAUCCUUGGGACUCAUGCUGCACUGGGCCCUGUUGGGUACCUUAACCUGGACAGCUAUCGAAGGCUUCCAUCUGUAUCUUCUAUUGGUGCGGGUCUUCAACAUUUACAUCAGGAGAUACACGCUCAAACUAAUCCUGGUAGGCUGGGGAGUUCCUACAAUUACAGUGAUGAUUUGUGGAGUAGCUGGUUCAUAUGGCAAGUACACCCUAACAGUGAACACCAGCAAUAUCACCAACCUCUGCUGGGUUCCCACUGCGGCUGUGAGGUACAUAACAGUAAAUGGUUACCUGGGGUUGGUGCUGCUCUUCAAUAUAGCUAUCCUGGCAGUGACAGUGGUGAAGAUGCGGCAGCUGAGACUGCGGACUGUCCAAACUACGAGCAGAGUAAGAAGAUUUUGGAAAGACUGGGCCACCGUGCUGGGGCUCAGUUGUGUUUUGGGGCUCCCCUGGGGGCUGGCAUUCACCACAAAGGGACUCAUUAACCUACCAGGAGUUUACGUCUUCACAAUACUCAAUGCCUUUCAAGGUGCCUUGAUGUUUCUGUGGUUUUUGUCUAUCACAUGUAAGUCCAAUCAUGAGGAGCAAAGCUCAAAGGACAUCUCCCUGAGCAACAUCAGAUCAUGAUACUGGAACUUAAUCACAAUGCAAAAUACGCUGGACUGAAUGGCUGCGUAUCGGACUUGUUGAAGUGUAAUGCAAUGUAACUCACUUUGGCCCUGGGUUGCCAACUCAAUCCCUUUUUUUAUUUUAUCCAUCCAUAUAUACUUAUUAUAUCUAUAACAAUAUUAAAAGCUAUUGUGAGCCAGUGUAUUUUAAUGCAGUGUAAUUGUAAUGCACAUAGAAAUGUUAAAAUGUCAAAAAAUUAUAUAUAUAUGUGUGUGCGCGUGUG